AUGGCUACAGGUGCCAGCGGGAUCCCCAGUGCCACACAGGAUGAGGUGGACAGAUCAUGCCAGAAGGUGCAGUUCCAGCAGGUAUUUGCAUCGCGCAAGGGCUCCCACUACAUACAGAUCCAGACUAAGGAGACUACUGAGCACACCGGCACGCCAGACCAGAACAGAGCCAGCCAUGUCAUUGAUGAGCUGGAGCGGUUUUACCGGGAACAGCAACGGCAGACCAGCAAUGUCAUCCAGGCCGGGGAGCACGAUGAAGCCAACCCAUGGCUGCGGCGGACCAGAUGGCCGGUGUACUUGACCAACAUCGCACCCAAUGAUCUGGUCGAGCAUGAAUGGACGAGCGCACAGUACCGGUUCACACCACGGCAGCGCAAGACAUGGAGGGUAUUAUGGCAGGUAGCCACCACAGAGGGAGCCGACCAGCGACACUCCAUCAGCCCAGACCCCAUGGAUGAGCAGAUGACUGAGGAAGAAGAAGAGGAGGAGGAGAAGGGACAGAGAGAUACCCAGCCAGAAGAAGAAGAUAAGUUCAAAUUAACCAAGAUGCAGAUGGCAUGUUUGGAUUUUUGCAUUGAGCUGCUGAACCAGCGGGUUCAGGUGGAGGAUUAUGAGUGCGCGCUGGUAGACGCGUUGGCGGUGCUGGGACGGGGGGAGUAUGGAUGGUGCGACGCGGAGAGCUACCCACCAAUGUUGUCACGGAUCAUCAAGGUGGCACGGUUCAUGGUGGUGCACAAGGCGCUGCGACUGGACGCCAAUGCAUCCGACAUGCUGGCCAGGAACCAAGCAAGCCAGAUGGUGGGAGAGUGGGCCGUGGUGAGCCCCAUGGAGGAGGCGGAUUACACGUUCACAGGCAACCAGAAUGAAGGGUAUGAAAGUGACAGCGGCAGGACCAGUGCCAGUUCCAACCCCCCAUCAUCACCGCCCACAUCGUCCCCACGCAGCGAUGAUCCCCCGGCCACGAUAUCCAUCGGCGGGUCAACUUCAAACAACAGAAAGCAGCGAUCGUUUCAGGAAUGGCUUGAGCUGUUCAUGGAGGCAUUCAUGGUCCGCGGCACACACAGUCCCAUGCAGUGGAUGCUGGACCUGCGCACGUAUGGAUUGAAGGUGCACUACAGCAACACCACACCCGGCCACGUCGGCUGGAUGGGAGGGGAUGAGCUGCUGUACAAGGACAUGCACUUCACCAUGGGCGACUUCCGGGGCUUCACACACGGGCUGGUGGGAGCGACGAGGCGGAUCCUGCGGGAGGAGUUGUUGUUUGAGAAUGAGCUGAAUGGACAGCAGCCACCAGCCAUCCCAUGGUCCACGAUGCGGGAUGACCCCACCCAGGGAGGGACGGGGUGGAAUUUUUUAAAGGACAGCCGCACGCGGUGGCCGGUGGAUGGGGCACAGUGGUUGAUGCAGCAGAUGCGCAUACAGCCCGGGAUGCAGCGGCGGUUCAUCCAGCGAGAGCACAGCGACCGGCCCCGUUUGGCAAUCAAGGCGAUCAACGCAUACCUGCGCUGGGGUGGUGAGAUUUCCGGGAGAAGCUGA